AUGAAUCUCAUCGAGACGACGCCCCCUUUUUUGUCCCCAACCUCUUCUCAUCCAACCCUUUUGCUGUCAUCUCCGCCGCUUCACCCUUUUCUGGCCCAAACUCGUUCCCGGAUGUCUGAGGCUAAUAUAGCUGCUUGCUCUGAUAAGGUUGGGAACUGGAUGCGUCUCGUUUCUUUUCUUUGCAUCGUUCUGCUUCCUCCCUCACCUUUUUUUUCCAGCUUAGCUUGUGUUAACUCUGUUGACGUUACCCUUUUACCAGGUCCCCCGUUGAUGGCCUUACCAUACCCGGUAUCAAAAAGUGUAAGCAUCUUCUCUUCUCGUUUCUUUUUCUGUCUCUUCGCCUUCUUUUCUUUUCGCUCGUUCGGUUCUUUUUUAAACAUCUCCCAUCCAGAGCGGUUUCAAGGCAUUCUGGCUGAUACUUAUAUGCCCUUUUCUCCCGCCGUCUUUAGGUCCAACCCGCUCUUCUCUGCGUCCAGCAGGCCCGGCAAACACAACCCCUUUUUAACGACUUCCAUCCAGUCGGCCCCAAUCAUCCUCCCAAACACCCCUUUCCAGCACUGGCUCCUCUUCCCACUCCCAGGACUCUUCAGUAUUACUUACGUCUUGUCAAACAAGAAACGGAAAAACAAAAAACACAAUAAGGAUAAAAGGAAAGGGAGGAGAAAAAAAAAAAAAAAAACUAAUCAGCAUAAUUUUUCAAACGAACGAGAAGAGAGGGAAAAAAUACAUCAUCCCCUUCCACCCCAGCAGGGAGCCAGAAAAGUGCAAAAAAUAACAAAAAGCUCCCGCUUUUUCAUCCUGGCUGCCCAAUCAAUUGCUUGCUGCCCUGAUAUACAACUCUAUAUAUAUGUCUUCAGCAUCUACAUAGUAUAUUUAUAUAUAUACCAAAUCUUCAAACCCCCGUCCGGCAUCCGCCUCUCUCGUCUUCAGCCUCCACGCCAGGCCAGCUCCAUCCCUCGCCAUCCCGGCCGCCCAGCAGACAAAAAAGAAACGAGACAGCAGAGGGAAAAGGCCUCUCUGCUUCUAUCUGGCUCUCGUCUCUUCCCACCCCAGAGCGAGCCGGAGUUUAUCAUCGCAGAGCUGUAUUAA